GUCCAACUCGAUGUUUUUGAAAUUAUUCACGUCUUCAUUGAUCCUUCUCUAAAGGAAAUACUGAGAAACGGAGGGGCCCGCGUAUUGGACGUUGGAUGCGGUCCUGCUACCUGGAUCCUUGAGAUGGCCUCCGAAUUUCCGGGUAAUAAAUUCAUCGGCGUGGACUUGUCACCGAUAUUCCCCACGUCGAUAAAACCUCAGAAUGUGGAACUACGGCAACUAAAUGUGCUGACGUGUGGUCUGCCAUUCGAAUCGGACACCUUCGAUUUUGUAUACAUGCGAUUCAUGAACCUGGCGUUAACAGAAAGCCAAUGGCCGGAAUUAACACGGGAAUUGGUGAGAGUGUGUAAACCUGGUGGAUGGGUGGAGUGUAUGGAAAGCGACAUGCAGUUUGACAAUGAAGGUCCGCUCUCCUCGAAAAUGAAUAAGUUAUUACGUUCAUAUCUAACUUCGCAAGGAAUAAAUCCAAUGAUAUGUUCGCACAUGUUCCACAUAAUGGCCAACACCCAUGGUUUCACCAACCUCGAGGAAGAUCACGUAUUCACUCCGGCAAAAGAAAAUGUGAUGGCCUUAUCGAAAUCCUUCAGACCGAUCCUACGACCAAUAUUCGAUGAUCUGUUGAAUGACGGUGACCCACAAGAUGAGAUCUGUCGGUUAUUGCCGGCCGCCUCUACUACUCCGACGAACGGCGCAAAUGAAAAUGAACACGUCGAUUAUUAUGAAAUGACAACGAAUCACAUAGUCGAGAAGGAAGUUAAUAGUUAUAAAUCGAGCAUAAGACCCCGGAAAACUCGUAAACAACACCUCACGAACAAAAACUAA